AUGCCAAGCACUAGUGUCGCCAAUCAAUCCAAGUGGAAUGGUAAUGUAGAAAUCUACCCCAAUAGUGAUGAUGACGUUGGCAAUUAUAUUGCUCGUGCCGCUCUCGCCAAAACCGCUUUUGUUCUCGAAGAUGCCAAAGCCGCAACCACCGAAGAACACGAGUUGACGCUUGCAGAGGCAUUCAAGCACCACAAAAAGGCCAUUUUCUGGGCUGCGGUGCUUUCGCUUACCAUUGUGAUGGAAGGUUAUGAUAACAUUCUUAUUAGUAGUUUUUACGGUUACCCUUCGUUCCAAAGAAAAUACGGUGAACCAGUAGGUGAUGGUCUGUAUCAACUUUCAGGAAAGUGGCAGUCUGCUUUAGGGGCCGCUUCGAGUGUGGGUACCAUUUUUGGGGUGUUUGCCAACGGGUUCCUUAUCGAAAGAUUCGGUCACAGAAUGGUGAUUAUGGCGUCAUUGGUAGUGAUGUCUGCCUUUAUCUUCAUUCCGUUCUUUGCUCCAAGUGUGGGUAUUUUGGUCUUUGGUCAAGUCAUGUGUGGUCUUCCCUGGGGGAUCUUUGCCACCAUGGGACCCACCUACUCGUCGGAAGUGUGUCCUAUGGCUUUGAGAGGUCACUUGACUGCCUAUGUCAAUAUGUGUUGGGCCAUCGGUCAAUUUAUUGCGGCCGGUGUGUUACAGGGUCUUGUGGAUAACACCACAGAAUGGAGUUACAGAGUCCCCUUUGCCGUGCAAUGGGCCUGGCCUAUUCCUCUUUUCAUCUUGACGUUCUUAGCACCUAACUCGCCUUGGUGGUUGGUCAGAAAAGGUGAUCAUGAAGGAGCAGAGAAGUCUUUGAAGAGAUUAGCAUCCAAGGCCGUUCACCACAGAAUCCCCAAUCAGGUGGCAUUGAUGAUCCACACUAAUGCGUUGGAACAGGCUCAACACCAGUCCAAGAGUAACGAUGAAAAGGGAUGGAGAGGAUACUUGCAAUGUUUCAAAGGUACCAACUUGAGAAGAACCGAAAUUGCCUGUAUGGCCAUUGCUGGUCAAGUGGCCAGUGGUUCCACCUUGAUGUACAGUCCUAGUUACUUUUUCUCUAAUGCUGGUUUGAGUGCUGAUAAUGUCUACAAGUUGAAUUUGGGGGUCACUGGUAUCUCAUUUACUGGGUGUGUGGUAUCGUGGUUCCUUCUUCCCAACUUUGGAAGAAGAACCAUUUAUGUCACCGGUUAUACGAUUUUGUCUAUCUUCUUACUUUUGACAGCUAUAUUGGCCACGCCCAAUCAGUCGGAUGGUUUGCAAUGGACACAGGCCGUGUUCACCAUCAUUUGGGUGGGUACCUAUGCUUCCACCAUCGGUCCUUUGGGAUUCACCAUUCUUUCUGAGAUCAGUGCUACCAGAUUAAGAGCUCAAACGGUUGCCAUUGGGAGAAAUGCUUAUAAUCUUAUUUCCUUGAUUUCACAGGUAAUAGAGCCGUACAUGAUUAACCCUACUGAAGGUAACUUGAAGGGUAAGACUGCCUAUAUAUGGUUUGGUACUGCUUUUCCUACGUUGCUUUGGUGUUAUUUCAGGUUACCGGAAACAAAGGGAAGAACUUACGAAGAGUUGGAUAUCUUGUUCGAAAGAAGAAUCGGGGCCAGAAAGUUUUCUUCCACCGAAGUGGAGCUUGAGCAUGUUGAGGUGGAUCUUCCUGGAACAAAAGAAUAAUAUAGGUAAGUCUAUAGUAAUGUUGUUAAGUUCAAUAGACAUGUUUGGGUAUGAAGCCAUUACAUAU